AUGACUAAGGAAGAAAUCGAAGACACCCUUCCGGACAAGGACGCAGCAAAGGAAUUUUAUGCGAAAUAUGAACCAAAAGAAAUCUUAGGAAGAGGUAUUAGUUCAACAGUGAGAAGAUGUAUUGAAAAAGAAACAGGAUUAGAGUUUGCUGCAAAAAUCAUUGACAUAAGCGUGGAUCCUGAUUUAUUAGAUGCAACUAGAGAAGAAAUGAGGAUUUUGAAAUUAGUGGCAGGUCAUCCUUAUAUUAUACAGCUUCAUGAUGUGUUUGAAUCUUCUACAUUUAUAUUUUUAGUAUUUGAAUUGUGUCCUAAUGGUGAACUUUUUGAUUACCUCACAACAGUAGUAACCCUAUCAGAAAAAAAGACAAGAUGUAUAAUGAGACAACUACUGGAGGCAAUUCAAUAUGUUCACAGCAAAAGAAUUGUACAUAGGGAUCUUAAACCUGAAAACAUUUUAUUAGAUGAAAGCAAUAACAUAAAGGUAACUGAUUUUGGGUUUGCCCAUGUAUUAGGAGAGAAUCAAGAAUUGACAGAAUUGUGUGGAACGCCAGGUUACCUCGCGCCUGAAGUAUUAAAAGCUAAUAUGUUUUCUGAUGCCAAAGGUUAUGGCCUUGAAGUUGAUAUAUGGGCCUGUGGUGUAAUUAUGUUUACUUUGCUAGUGGGCUGUCCUCCAUUCUGGCAUAGGAAACAAAUAGUUAUGUUAAGAAAUAUAAUGGAGGGAAAAUAUUCAUUUACUUCACCAGAAUGGGCUGAUAUAUCUGAAGAAGCAAAAGAUCUAAUAGGAAAAUUAUUGGUAGUUGAUCCUAAGCAAAGACUUAACGUUAAAGAAGCUUUAUCUCAUCCUUUCUUUAAUGUAAUAUUAUGGGACCAAGAAGUGAUACCACUCAAGCAAAGUCUUGCUCCAUUCAGCAAAAGGUUAUCCGUAAUUUCGCAAAUAGCCUAUGAAAACAAGACCUGUUUUGAUGCUAGAAAGAAAUUUAAGUACAGUAUCCUAUGUAUCCUGGCAAUGGUUCGUUUCAAUAGGCUCAUUUACAUUCCAAAACCUAUAUCAGUUGCAGCAAGUAUUCAAGAUCCCUACAAGAUCAAGACAUUACGAAAGGUUAUAGACAACUGUGCAUUUAGAAUUUAUGGUCAUUGGGUUAAAAAAGGAGAAGGGCAAAACAGGGCUGCACUGUUUGAAAUGAACCCUAAAACUGAACUACGAGCGCUUUACAUGAGCAACAUAAGUGCAUAA